UUCGACGGCGCCUCGUGGACGAGGUGGACGUCGCACAACUGGCAGUACCCUCUGGUGGCCGUCGGCCUCUACCUCGCGGGCGUGCCUGCGAUGCAAGCCUUCAUGGCCGCCCGCGAUCCGAUCCGGCUGCAGCGGCUGACGGCGCUGUGGAACUUCGGGCUCUCGGCCUUCUCGUGGGCGGGCGCCGCCGUCGUGGUGCCGCACUUGCUCUCGAACCCCGACAGCGGCCUGCUGCGCGAGGGCUUCCACGCGAGCAUCUGCUCGCACGCCUCCUCGUAUGGCUGCGGCUGGGUCGGCUUCUUCGUGGCCGCCUUCAUCUACUCCAAGUUUGCGGAGCUGAUCGACACGCUGCUGCUGCUGCUGCGCAAGGCGCCCGUCAUCACACUGCACUGGUACCACCAUGCGACGGUGCUGCUCUACUGCUGGCAUUCGUACUCGGCGCGGAUCGGCACCGGCAUCUGGUUCGCGGCGAUGAACUACUCGGUGCACGCGGUCAUGUAUGCGUACUUUGGGCUGACGCAGUGCGGCCCGGCGGGCAAGCGGUUCGCCAAGCGCUUCUCGAUGCUCAUCACCCUCAUGCAGCUCGCGCAGAUGGUGGUCGGCAUCGCCGUCACCGUCGCCUCGCUCGCCUACCAGGCGAGGGGGCAGACGUGCUACGUCCCAAUCGUCAACUCCUUCCUCGGGCUGCUGAUGUACGCCUCCUACUUCGUCCUCUUCUUCGUCCUCUUCUGCAACCUCUACCUGCGCAAGAAGGACCGCCACGGGGAGGGGCGUGCCAACGGGUCGCCCGUGCCGCCCUCGCCGCCCAAGGCCGCCUCGCCGGCCGACCGCUUCGAGGGCUGGGCCGUCAAGUACGACGAGCUCGAGAUGCUCACCGCCUCGGCGUCCGAGGCGAUGAACGACGUCUGCCUGCCGCAGGGCGACGCGCUCGCGCCCAAGCGCAAGGUGGCGUGA